GUUCUCAUGGAGACUGAUAAUGGCGAUAUGAAGUCCAAGCUUGAUGAUUAUGAAGUGAUCGAACAGAUUGGAAGAGGAGCAUUCGGAGCUGCUUUUCUUGUCCUGCACAAAAUUGAGAGAAAAAAGUCAGUACGUACUGAAGAAAAUUCGCUUGGCCAAGCAGACUGAGAAAUUCAAGCGUACAGCGCAUCAAGAGGUCACUUUCUUUGAUUUCUUUCAUUCAAUUGUUUUGGUUGACUGUUGAAGCAAUAAUUCUGUUUAUAUUAAGCUAUGUCAAAGGGUUUUAUUUUUGCCCAUGUUCCUUUCAUCCUGCUUUUCAUGUAUAGUGUCCUUUUAUCAGCAUUGCUCAAUUUAUGUAAGGUGAUGAUUACCUUCAAAACUAUUAUGUGAAGUGGACAAAAACGGCCAAACGGAAAAUUAAUUUGAAUAGAAGUGGAGGACAAGAGAGAUUUGAAUUGGUAAUUAUUGAGAGUUGGAAAUGUUUCCAGUAGAAUGUGCAUACAAGGUCGUUAUGCCGAUGUUGUGCUCUGGUCUUUAAUGAACCAAGCUAGGUGUAUAUCUAUUUCUAAGAUAUAAUAUGAAAAAAGGCAUGGUUUUUUAAAAUGAAUUUACCUUAACAAUGUUUUAUCGGAUGGACUUGACAUCUAAUUAGUGCUAAUAUGGUAUGGACACCUAUUCAAUGCUUUCCUGAUGACUCAUAUCUAAGAAGUUCAUAACUACUUAAGUGGCAAGAGAAGAAGUAAGUGUUCAUUACGCAGAGAAAUUAGAUGCAGAGAAAGAAGAAAGAGUAGAAGUUGUUGUAGUUGAGGAACAGAGAAACUUUUUUUGGGGAACAAACAUCCCGCGUUCUUAUUGCUUACAUGGUACAUCUGCAUCAUGAAACAUUGCUAGGUUUUUAUCUAAUUCUAAAAGCUACUCUUGAGAAUGUGAGAAGUCAUCAGGGGGCAAAUUUAUGGUUUCAUGCUCAGGCUGUAUGCCUGCAUGAUGAAUCAUUUUUAGCUCUAUAUAUGUUGUUAAAAAUCAUCAAGAAUGCCAGUGGUAUGGGAUGACUGAAAGAUCGCUUUUAACAUGUUACACAGAAGCGCCUCUUAAGUUUUAUACCUGAUGGAUUUGAUUUCCAAGUUGGAUAACCCAUACAUUGUGGACUACAAAGAUGCAUGGGUAGACAAGGGAAACUGUGUAUGUAUAGUAACUGGCUAUUGUGAAGGAGGAGACAUGGCUGAGAUUAUAAAGAAGGCCAGAGGAACGAACUUCUCAGAGGAGAAAGUCUGUAAAUGGCUGACCCAAUUGUUGCUAGCUGUAGACUAUCUACACUCUAACCGUGUCCUCCACAGAGAUCUUAAGUGUUCCAACAUAUUCCUUACAAAGGAGAAUGAUAUCCGUCUAGGUGAUUUUGGACUUGCAAAACUACUCAACACCGAAGACCUUGCUUCCUCAGUUGUCGGCACUCCCAAUUACAUGUGCCCUGAGCUUCUAGCUGAUAUACCUUACGGCUAUAAAUCUGAUAUAUGGUCGCUUGGUUGCUGUAUGUUUGAAAUUGCUGCACACCAACCAGCAUUUAGAGCACCUGAUAUGGCUGGACUUAUUAACAAAAUAAACAGAUCCUCUAUUUCUCCUCUCCCAAUUGUGUAUUCCUCCACACUGAAGCAAAUAAUUAAAAGCAUGUUAAGGAAGAAUCCAGAACACAGACCAACUGCUUCAGAACUAUUAAGGCAUCCACAUUUGCGGCUGUAUCUCCUAAGGUGCCAAAACCCAUCUACUGUUUAUCUUCCGAUAAAGCCUACAAACUAUGUCAAGGAGAAAACGCCAAGAAAAUCUCCAUCUAGCAAACACAGUAGUGGCAGUGGCAGAGACAAGGUAGACAGAGAGGUGAUAGCACCGAACCAGUUGGAAAAGACAUUUGAGAGAAAUAUUCAUGGACAGCCAAACAGUUCACCACACAGCAAGCCAACUUCCACAACUAGUACAGAAGACAACCUUGAAACGAAGAAAGUUGAUCCUACUAGCUAUACAUUGGAAUUUGAAAUAUCUAGCUCCGUCUAUAAUUCUAAGGACAGGUCCACUGAAACUUAUCUAAGUGUUUGCAACGGAGACAAACUAGCUGACUCUAAUGGCAUGACUCAAAAGGGCAGCACUGACAUAGAGUUAAGCUCAGAAAGCACUCCAAUUUCUAGGCAGGAAGAACCUGCUGCACACUUUCAACAUUCACUAGAAGUUGGUGUCAAGACUGUGAGAACAGAAGACCAAGGACCACUUUGCAAUAAAGCUCCAGUUGAAGAACCUGAAAUACAGGCAGCGUGUCCUGCAUCAGAGGAUUGUGAGAAGUUGGUGAUGCCCGGUGAAGAAUGCAAUGACAACACUGAAUCUCCUGAUCAUAAAAGCUCAUCAUCAGCCAUAUAUGAACCUGAUGUAGCACCUGAAGGCUGUUUACCAAAGUUAAAAAGCCAAAAUGGGCAUGUCAGAGAUUCUCAUGUGGACUACUUGUCUGAGAGCAACAAGGUACUUACUUGUAAAGAUUACAUAAAAGCAAAUGCAGAUAAAAUCAGUUCCUUCUUGCAAUCCACGCAAGAUGGUGGGAAUGGUGUUAAUCUGACACCAAAAGACGUCUCAUUAUUAAGUACACUUACGGGGAUAUGUGAUGAUGAAAGCGGGAAUGAAUGGGGGAAUCCAGGGCAACAAAGAGCUGAUGCUUUAGAAUCACUUCUAGAACUAUGUGCAAGACUCCUUAAACAGGAUAAACUUGAAGAGCUUGCUGGUGUGCUAAAACCAUUUGGUGAAGAAGCUGUCUCAUCUAGAGAAACAGCAAUUUGGUUGACAAAAAGCCUCAUGUCUGCCCAAAAGUUUAAUGGGCCAGCCUAAUUUUCCAACAAUGGCCAUUAAAUUAUUCAUUUUUGUGUGAAAGAAGUUCCUUUUAAAUGUGUUGACAUAAAUGCAUUUCUUCCAGAGUGGUGCUUGAUUGUAUAUUAGAAGUUUGAAGGGGGAAGAAAAAAAAAUAAAACGAAAUUUGCAGAUUGUUAACUCACAGUUGGCUUGCAUGGGAAAUAAACCUGAUUUUGGAUA